AUGGUACCAGACUCUGUGUGUAUUAUCGGAGCAGGAGUUUUCGGUCUUUCCACGGCCAUAGGGCUAGGUAGACGGUAUCCUCAGACCAAGGUCACUGUCAUUGACCGGUUAGAGCCGCCUGUUUUAGACGGUACCAGCGUCGAUACCACGAGAUGUAUCAGGGUCGACUACAAAGACCCUAUAUACGCCGAGCUGGCGCGUGAGUCGAUGGAGAUCAUUACUAAGGAUCCCGACGUGUCGCCCUUCUUCCACCGGUGUGGCAUGUCGUUUGUCUACGACGGCGGAAACGACAAAUGGGCCGACAUCUGGAUUAAUGGUAAGGUAGCUGCCGAGAAGGCCAACGAGGGAUAUCCCGACAGAAUGCGGUACUAUAACUCGCCGCAGGAGGUUUACAAGAGCAUCCAUGGCGUCGACUCCAAGCCAGUUGCUAAAGGUACCCGCUGGAACAAAGGGUACACCAAUUAUCUGAACGGCUUUAUCGACGCUGAAAAAAGCAUGAAAGCAUAUUACGAGCGUGCCAAGACGUUCGACAGUGUGAGCUUUAUUUUCAAAGAGGUGGACUCCAUUGUGUACGGUCCGGGUUCGCGCAAGGCGCGGGGCGUCAAGCUCGUCGAUGGGUCGAUAGUUGCAACAGAUCUCGUCAUUGUGGCUGCUGGGGCCUGGAGCUGCAAAUUGGUCAAUCUCGACGGGAUCUGCAAAUCCUCAGCAAUCGAGGUUGCCUGGUACAAGGUGACCAAGGAGGAGGAGGAGCAGUGGAACAAGAUGGCCAUCACCACAAAUCUGUCCACAGGAAUCAACCUUUUUCCACCGUACAACGGCGAGAUCAAAUGUCUCAGACGGUCUCCAGGGUAUAAAAACACGUUGCAGGUGCCAAACCCCGACCCAACAAUGCAGGAGCCCGUGAAGAUCUCCUAUCCGCGGACUGUCGUUGACCAUCCGACAGACUGGAUCCCGCAGGACGCCGAGGACGUGCUCCGCGACAACCUGGCAGAGAUAAUGCCGGCGCUGGCCCAGAGACCGUUUGACCGCACCAAACUGUGCUGGCUCACUCAGACCCCGUCGGCGAACUUUGUGAUUGACUACCAUCCGGAUCUGGAGGGUGUUCUUGUAGCCACCGGUGGCUCUGCGCACGCGUGGAAAUUCGUCCCUAUUUUGGGCGACAAGGUGGUGGACUACAUGGAGGGAACUCUGGAUCCAACUUUGAAGGAGAUGUGGUCGUUUGCAGAAAAAUUGCAGAUCACCAGCGACAACGGCUCUGCGCCGCGGAUGGACGGUGAGCCUCAGGAGCUGGGUGAGGUGGUGAGAAAGCGUCCAAGUUAA